AUGCCGGUUCACUCUCCAUUCUCCCGCUGUCUCUCAUUUCUCUGCAAGCUGGGUCACCACCUACAGCGACACAGCUCUUUCGAGGCUCCAGAGCAUGAAUGUCUUCGAGGCAGAUUGAGCGAUGUCUGCAACAAGACCUGGAAUCUUGGUCUCACGUCCUUUGGCGGUUUAGCAGUCCACUUCCAGACACUCCAUUCAAAGUUUGUCGAGGGAGAAUACGAGCAGGAGCUAUCCGCUAUCUGCCAGGCGCUUCCUGGCCCUGCGAGCACAAAAAUGCUCUUCUGCAUAGUAUUGCUGCAUUCUGGUUUUCUCCCUGCAGUACUAGCGUUGAACGUGGAUGAGAGACUUCCUGGGCCUGUCUAUGCACUUCUUUCUGGCCUAAAUGCAUCUACCGUGGGAAUCGUCGCGUUAUCGGCUGCGCAACUUGCAGAAAAGGUGAUACGAGACAAGCUCACACGCCUAUUGGUUAUCUUCGGCGGGUGUGCUGGACUCUGUUAUAGUGCGCUGUGGUAUUUUCCGGUGUCGAUGGUUGCCGGUGGUUUAGUCACUGUGGCAUGGGAUGGCUGGGUAAGUCGGCUGUUUCGCAGGACAAGAAUAACGUGGAGGCAUAGAAACGCCUCUCCAGAGAAUGCACAGGCCGAGGGUCUCGGAUUAGGUGAAGCCGAGCUUCAAGGGCAGUCGACCUAUGGUCCGCAGGGCUCUGCCGCUCCAAGUGAGGCAGUCCGCUCGAGGAUAGUACGCAAAUCCGGUGGGAAUCUUCCAGGAGAUGAGUUUGAGGCGGAAACACCAGUGCAAAUUCAGGCGCAAACGGAUAGUUCUCAGGCCUACCUUCAUCACAUCGUCUCGAUUAGAGCGGGCCUUCUGUUAUGUGCCUGCUUCUUUGCGUCCUUCGUGGGGGUUAUUGUUACUCGAGGAGUACUGAAAUCCCCACCACUAGCCCUCGACCUAUUCGCCAAUAUGUACCUGGCAGGUGCAAUAAUCUUCGGCGGUGGCCCCGUCGUGAUCCCCCUUCUGAGCUCAUACGUUGUUGAUCCAGGGUGGGUUUCUGGUCGUGAUUUCUUGAUCGGCCUGGCUCUCAUACGAGCUUUUCCGGGCCCAAACUUCAACUUUGCCGUCUUUCUUGGUGCACUUGCUAUCGGCAACUCAGAGAUCCACUCCCUAGUCGGUGCGAUUCUCGGACUUCUUGGGAUAUAUCUGCCCGGGAUAGUGCUGGCAGUGUCCGUGCAAAGCUUUUGGAGAGUCCUCCGGCAGAGAAAGCUCUGGGAAGUUGGGUAUUUGACUGCUGGCGCUGGAAAUGGUCAGCGCCUUGCGAACGAACCAUGGUGGGUAGUCGUUGCCGCUGUGGCAUAUGCAGAAAAUACCUGGUUUAGAGUACCGCCAGCUUUUGCAAUCAUCUCAGGAGCCAUCCUUGGGCUUGUCCGGUAUGGAGUGGUUGGCAGAGAUAUGCUCUGA